GCUUGAUUAGCUUGCCAACCGAGUCGCUCUGGAGUGACGCAGCUGUUUUGUUAAAAAAAAACAAAAAAAAACGCCUCUCUCAGUGCAGCGGGAUAUGGCGGCGCUGCUGAGAGGUCUGCGGGCUGGAAGGGCACUCCGGGGGAUAGGAGGCGCUUUGGUGGCACCAACAGCAACAAAUCCCAGGUGCAGCAGCUUGAGAAGAGGCUUCCACUGUGCAGCGCUGAGGCUUCAGGACGAAUCUAAAUCUGACAAACCCCCAUCCUCCUCAUCCACAAACUAUCAUGAACACUACCAGGCUCACCCAACUGACCAGGACACAACAGCAGCGUCACAGGGAGAUUCUGCAGAUGACCUAGCAGCAGAUGAGGCUUUCAAGACAAACACUAGUUAUCAGGAUCAGAGUGGAGAGCAGGGUGAAGAAUACGAAACAGAAGAACAGCUUCAAGUUCGAAUCCUCAGCGCCUCUCUGGAGUUUGUCCAGGAACACGGCUGGUCGAUGGAAGCCAUUGCAGCUGGUGCUGAGACACUGGGUCUGUCUUCUGCUUCCACUGGUAUGUUCAACAAUGGAGCUGGAGACUUGGUCCUACAUUUCAUUGCACAGUGCAACCUACAGCUGACAGAGAUCCUGGCUGAACAACACAAGCAGGUCCAACUGGGCCAGGCUGAACCAAAGCAUACUUCUGACCUUCUAAGAGAUGCUGUAGAGACCAGACUGAGGAUGUACAUCCCCUACAUUCAGACGUGGCCACAGGCGAUGAGCAUCCUGCUCCUCCCUCACAACAUCCCAGACAGCCUGAAGCACCUAUCUAACAUGGUGGACGACAUAUGGUACUACGCUGGAGACCGAUCCACAGACGUGAGUGGAUACCAUCACCCUCGAUCCCCUCCUUCUUCUGCUCGCACUUUCCUCUCCCCCUUUCAUCACCAUCCUCACAAUAUCCGGCCUGCCACCGUACAGAUGAACUGGUACACCAAACGGGCAGUGCUGACCGGCAUCUACAACACGACAGAACUGGUGAUGGUUCAGGAUUCCUCUGAAGACUUCCAGGACACAUGGAACUUCCUCAACAACCGUAUUCAGGAUGUAGUCAACAUGGCAUCCACUGCCAAACAGGUGCAGUCGACUGGUGAAGCAGUUGUGCAGGGGCUAAUGGGAGCUGCUGUAACCCUGAAAAACCUGACAGGAUUGAACCAGAGGCGGUGAUUACACGGAUCUCGACAGAACAUCUAAUUUGUGUCUUUACCUUUUUAGAUCAUUUGCUUUUUGCUUUUUGUUUGAUCACCAGUAUAAAAUGACUCUGUAAGUAUUAGGUUCUGAAUCUUGCUCAGCAAGACAGAGAGCCAUAAUUUGACACAGACGACACAGUGCUUUUUCUGUUCACCUGCAGAUCAGUAGCUUUGUCUAGUUUUUUAGACCCCCAUCUUUGUACAAAAGGUCACACAGAUCUGUUAUUUUGCUGUUGGAUCAAAUGAGACUUCAAUAAAAUAAAUACUAUAUUGUA